AUGUAUGAAUCGACCAAGGUAGGAAGGCAUUACAUCAAACAACUUGAGGGGAUGCACAUUGUGACUAACCUUGGUAAGAGUCAGACAUGGUCUUGGUACUGGGAGAACAUUGGAGUGAAGGACAACAGAUUUUGCUAUCGUUAUGUGGUUGUUUUCCAGUAUGGUUCUGCUGUGCUUUUCAACAUUGCUGAUCAUGAAGCUGAGUACUAUCUUGAUAUAAUUAGGAAGCAUGCUUCAGGAUGGCUUCCAGAGAUGAGAAAAGAUGAUUAUGCAGUGGUCGAGAAACCAUCCUUGACAACAUGGAUGAAAGGAGGUCUUGAUUAUAUAGUUCUUAAAAGUUUAGACACAGACGGAAUUCGCAUAAUUUCAAGUGUUCUUGGUCAAAGUAUCGCUCUUGAUCAUUAUAUUAGGCAGGCUAAUUCAAAUCUUGCGGAUGUUAUCAUCAGACUUGGCCUUUUUGACAGGUCGGAAAUUGCUUGGAAAAAUGCAAAUUAUGCACAAAUUCUAGAGUAUCUUCGGGAGGAAUAUGAACUGAAUCAACGUUUUGGAAGCCUUGACUUAAAACUGAAAUUUGUGGAGCACAACAUUCAUUUUCUUCAAGAGGUCCUCCAAAAUAGACGGUCGGAUCUGCUGGAGUGGGGUGUCAUAACACUGCUGAUUAUUGAGAUUGCCAUCUCAUUAUAUGAAAUUGUCAAGGACUCCAUGAUCUCUUAG